AAUAAAUUCUACGAGUCAUCAUUUUGGGAACUGUAGAAGAGAAGGACCUAGCAAUACCAGAAAGCGACUGGGAGAUAACAAGCGAGGAUUAGAAAACCAACAUGAAACUGUGCUUCAUCUUCCCGCUCCUCCUUCUGCUUUUGUGCGCAACAGGUGAAAGUAACUUUUAUCUUACGGACGCCUCACUAUUACGCAAAUUUCACUUAUACCCGGCCAUGUAGCCACAGCGUAUAAAGUAACACUUCCACAUUUGAAAUAUAAGGAAUCGUUCUUUGUCUAAAAAUGUUUAAAAGAUACAAGCUUUCGACCAUCUGAACUACGGUCUUCAACUGGCGAAAUGAUUUGAAAAUAAAAAAAUUCUUGAAUAUAGAUAACAAAAUAGAUAUUCUACUGAAAUGACAGAAAAUUUAAUUGGAAUUGUUUGUUUUAUCACAGUAUAUCUUAGAAUUUUUAGUGUUAUUUUCCUAAAUUAUUUCACCCAUUAAAGAGCGUAGUGGAGGCAGCGAAACGCUUGUACUUUUUAAAUUUUUAAGCCAGAGAAGGUUUAAUAUUUUAGAUAUGACUGAUCAAUCGUGAUAUCCUGGCUGCCGCCCCGCCAUCUUUUCUUUACUUUGCAUACUGACUUCAUUUUGCUAAAAGAAAUAUCUCGAUUAAAUAAUCACCAACUUUUGCCGAAAGCCGAAUUUGAACGGAGCAAAGGAUAACAUUAAUUAAAAAAGUAUAUCAUUUCAAAUAGAACGGACCAAGCAUAUGUCUACGCUAUACACGGCUUAACGGUGGUUCGACGGGCAAAAAAAAAAACAUUCUCUCACAGUUCGGAAAGCGCCUCGUAGCGCGUUCAUGCUAACGAUCCCAACCAAGAACUCUUGCCACAACUUGGUAAAAUCCCGAAACUUUAAUUACAACAGGCCGGUUAUUUCAACGAAUGAAGUCUCAGGCAACGUUUCUAGACAGUCAGUGGAAGCCAAAUGUGGCAUGAAUAUUUCACACGCCGGGUUCGACAGUUAAUUACAUACUAGGGCGGCUCUCUAUUACAACCGAAAUGUUUAUGUAAUACGGUAUAGUUUUUUAAACAUCACGGGUGAAACAUUGUUUUAGUUACUGACCAUAUGUAAGCCUUGGUUCAAUGGUUCAUUAAUUUCAAACUAUUUACAGAGAAUAAUAUAGAUAGAAAACAAUAAAAUAAUAACAGUAUAGGCUAUAAAAUGUGUGUAGUGGUCAAAGUAGCGAAAGCUUUCUAUGGUUGACCACAAACUACUUUCGAAUAAAACGAAGAAAUGACACUAUGAGCUUUAUUACAGAAUGGUUGGUCGCAAAGAGAAAUGUACAGUCAUUCAGCAAGGAAAAAUGUACAGACAUAACAUGCCAUAAACUAAGGCUCGCGUUGUAAAUUUACAAAGACAAGGGACAAAGGUUACUACUUAACAAGUUACUACCCUGGGUUUUUAAUGAUAUUUGCCCCUGUGUCAUUUGACUGAACAAAUCAGGGUUAAUUAAAAAAAAUCUUAUGACACGGUUAAAACUGUGAUUUUCUUUAACCAGAAACCUAUUAGAAUUCAUGAAUAAAUUUCGGGCUUGGGGUUGAAAAAACUUCUGGACUCUUGACUCCAAAGGGUGUUUGAAUGAAUAUGUAGCAUGUAAAUUUUUAAAACAUCACUUCUAAGUUUACGCGUUAUUAUAAUAAUUUUUAUUUUUCAGUUCAGUCGGCUAGUUAUACCAAGAGAGAUGUUUAUCGUAUCACGUUGAUGGGAACACUAAGACAAAUUAAAAGAAUACUUGGUAAGUAACCGAAUCAAUGAAAAAGCGAUUUCAAAUUUGUUUCUAAACAGAGCAUCAUCCUGUUUUAACAAACAAUCAGCUCAGUUUUCACCAACACUAUCUUUCUUAUAUACAGAUAUAUUCAGUCAACAUUUAUUAUCCUGUUAGACUUUAAUCGGAAUUAAUUGUUGGCUUUCGGUCCUUUUUUUUCUAUUUAUUCUUCCGUUGUCUUAAAAUUUAAUAUUAUAUUUUCCCCAAACUGAGAAAACUUACACCUUUUCUUCAGGCGUUCCUUGUCCACAGGGCUGGGUGCGAUUUAAAGGAUACUGCUAUCUUGUCAGUAGCUCUUUCAAGACUUGGCAAAAUGCCCAAGCGUAUUGCAAAGGACUGGGAGGAAAUCUGGUGAAAAUCAACAGCAAGGAAGAAAACGAGUUUGUACUAAACCUCGUAAACAAGCUCGCCCCAUCGCUGAAGCAGAUUUGGAUCGGACUCGAGUGGGACUCUCGCCUAAAGGCCUCUGUGUGGUACGAUCAUUCAGUCCCUACCUUUAUCAAAUGGUCCCCAAAUGAACCAAAUGGAAAUGGUCUGGAGCCUUGUGGCAACAUGUGGACUGGUUACGAGGGGAUAUCUGCUAGGGCAUCUGGCGACUGGAAUGAUCUCACUUGUCGGAAUACUGUUGACCGAUGUGGUCUUGUCUGCAAGAGGCUGCCCUAAGUACAUGUAACCAGACUCCCGAUCAAAGCCGACAGUAGAUUGUACUGGAAAAAUUAAA